AUGGACCCCGACCUCUUUGCCGUCCUGGACCUCGCCAGCGACGCCGAGCUGGACGACCUGCACGACGUCCUGCAUGCGCCCAGCCUGCUGAGCCCCGUGCUGAAGACGCUGGCGGUGCGCCCCCACGCCGACGCCCCACCCCCGCCCACCCGCCGACGCCGCAUCGCGCGCAUCGACGCGCACCUGCGCUUCCUGGCCGGCGACGCGCUCCUGCUGAGCCCCGUGCUGAAGACGCUGGCGGUGCGCCCCCACGCCGACGCCCCACCCCCGCCCACCCGCCGACGCCGCAUCGCGCGCAUCGACGCGCACCUGCGCUUCCUGGCCGGCGACGCGCUGUGCACGCUGCGCGGCGGCCUGCCCAGCUACCACCAGGCCCUGCUGGGCCUGCGCCGCCAGCUCCGCGUCCCCUGCCCGCCCUCCCUAUCUGCCCCGGACCUGGAGAGCGAGGCCACGCCUGGGUCCCUGGCGGCGACCCUGACGCGCCAGCCCAUGGCCGCCUCGCUGGUCCGGGUGUUGGGCCCUGCGGUGACGGUCUCCGCCGCCUGCGAGGUCCUCCUGGCCUCGAUGGGCACCGAUUACGCCCGGCUCUGCCGCGCGGUCUUCCUCCUGGCCCAGAUCCGGCUCCUGCGCACCCAUGGCUUCGUGAAGGAGGGGACGCCUGGCGCCGCCGGCGAGGUGUGA